UUAAUCCCCAAGAAUUACAAGAGAAAAGUAUAAAAAUUUCCAACACAAAUGAUGUGAUUUCUGAAAAGAAAAGGUUAAUUCCAAUACCCAAAAUAGCUGAAGGUUUGGGUUGUAAUCAGGAAGCAGGAAAAGUUAAUACUGGAAGAACAUGCCAAUACCCUCCUUUAGUUUUAUCAGAUGAAGAGAAACGUUUACUUAUGAAAGAAGGGAUAAAGCUACCUACACAUUAUCCUCUUACAAAAAGCGAAGAAAAGGAAUUAAAACGUAUUCGAAGGAAAAUCCGCAACAAAAUUUCAGCUCAAGAUUCAAGAAAGCGUAAGAAAGAGUAUGUGGACGGUUUAGAGGAAAGAGUAAAGCGUGGAUCAGAAGAAAAUAAAUUCUUGUUAAAGAGAGUGAAACAACUUCAGAAGCAAAACAGUAGACUGAUGGCUCAGCUUAGCAAACUGCAAGCAUUAAUAUUUGACAACAGCUCUACUAAAGCUACCCCAGCAACUUGUCUUAUGAUUGUUUUGUUUUCUGCACUUUUGGUUUCUUUGCCUAAUAUGAGAGUUGCUCAGGAUAAAGAAUUAGGCGACCAACAGCAGAUUGCAGCAAGAAGAGCUUUAUUAUUUAGUCAUUCAGCAACGAAUGAAGAAGACACCCUUAAUAUGGAAGAAUUCCUAUUAUUUGGUAAAGAGGAUUCGGAAGGGGAUGAUAGGUAUUCAAAGUAUGAGGAACAAAUUGAGAAAGUGGAUUUCUCCAAGAUCCUUGAGCAGUUGAAUAAAAAUUUAGAAACUGGAGAGAGCAACUGUUCAGAAAGUGAGGUAAAAAAUUCAUUGUUCUUUGAAACAUGUAAAAAAUUUGAAAAAGAAAUUAAAGACACAGUUCAUAAUUUAAAGACUGCUCUGAAUGACUUUAACAAUGAAAUAAACGAUGACAAGGCAAUGAAAAAUAAGCACGGUUUCUACGAACCGGAUAUUGAUGAUGAUUGGUCUCCGUCCGAAACAAUAAAAACGCUAAAUAUAAAGUCGGUUGCUGACGAAUAUGAACAUUCUGCCAAAAGAGCUAAACGUGAGCACGACGUUUCUAGUUCUGAGAAAAACGUGAGAAUGUCUACGAUUGUCGGCGCUCAGCAUAAAAUAAACGCAUCGGAAAUUUAAUUACAAUUAGAAAAGAUAAUAUAUUCAUUUUUAAAAAUCGGCAUUUAAUUGGUUUUAUUUAUAUUAAU